AUGGCUAGUCACAAUACCACAGCAAUCCCAGAUGGCUCUCUGGUCCUCAUUACGGGAGCCACAUCAUAUCUUGCCUCGUACGUUAUCAAAGAUCUUCUCGAGCGCGGCUACUGCGUCCGUGGUAUUGUACGCAACCUCUCCCAGGUCGGGUGGCUCACGGAAGAAGUCUUUCCUCUCUUCGCCCAGAGAGGCGUCUUUGACCUCGUCGAGGUCCCGGACCUGGCUGCUGUCAACGCAUUUGAGAGCGCUAUCAUCGAUAGUAACGCCAGUGCCAUCCUUCAUUUCGCAACACCUUUCGAUUUCAGCCCAGACCCGAACCAGGUGAUUCCCCAAGCGGUCGAAAUUGUCUUGGGCCUCCUUCGCGCUGCCGCCCGGGAGCCUUCCGUCAAAAGAUUUGUCUACACAUCAUCAAUUGGGGCUGUAUAUUCGCCCAAAGGAGGAGUCUCGGUCACCUUGACACAGGACUCUUGGAAUGACGCUGCUUUAGACGCAGCAUGGGCCCCGCCGCCGUACGAGCCACAGCGCGCCCCCAAAGUGUACGCGGUAAGCAAGGUAGAGGCCGAGAGAGCCAUGUUCAAAUUCAUCCAGGACGAGAAUCCUGGGUUUACUGCUACGGCGGUGAAUCCUUUCUUUGUCAUUGGGCCAACAUUGCACAAGCGCCAUCUGAAGGGCACGGGAGGCUGGAUCCGCAACAUCUACAACGGUGAACUGGGUCUACUUGCGUUUGCACCUCCUGGAUGCCAAGUCAAUAUCCAGGAUGUCGCAGUCCUGCAUGCCGCAGCUGCAUUAGACCCCGAGAUCAAGGGCGAGCGAUUGUUUGCCUGGGCCGAACCAUUCAACGUAAACGCAGUCCUGGCUAUUCUGCGUCGUCUGUACCCUGACCGGAAAUUCAUCGACGAUCUCCCUUCUCAACAACCUUGCCUAGCCACGAUUGGCGAUGAGACCCGCCUGCUAGGCCUUUUGAAGAAGUGGGGAGGACGGGACGGAUGGAUAUCACUUGAGCAGGGAGUACGCGAGGCGAUGAGCUUUGAGGCUUAG